AGCAGCUUUGAGCGACCCGGCAGUCGCUUCCUAGUCCAGCCAGGAUGGCGGCGUCUGGCCCCUUCCCGCUGCUGGUCGAGGGGUCCUGGGGAUCCGAUCCCCCGAAGCACUUGACCAACAAGCUGCAGAUGUACUUUCAGAGCCGGAAGAAAUCGGGCGGAGGGGAGUGCGAGGUCGUCCCGGAGCCCGGGAACCCAGCCCGCUUCCGGGUGCUCUUCUCCCCGGAGGAUGUCCGGCAGAACGUUCUGGAGAAAAAGGAUCACGAGUUAGUGUUACAAGGAAAAGGAGCGUUCAGGUUAACUGUGUGGUUGCCUGCGGACCCAGGGGAAGCCUCAUUCUCUAAGGAGGCAAUUCCGGGAGAGGAAUCCAAGACAGAAGAAGAUGCUGUGAAACCAGAUGACUUGGACACAACACGUUCUCCCAGCGAUGGAUCUGAGAAAAAGGAAAACGUCCCAAAAGAAUGUGAACAUGCUUCCUCCAUGGUGGUAUUUGAAAACCUGCCAGAGAGAGUAGCCGACAUAGUACUGAUCAUCCUAGUGGAGAACCUGAGUGGCCUCCCCAGUGAUGACUUUAAGAUGGAAAUGAUCCGGGACUUCAACCUUGCUGUGGUUACCUUUCAGAAGCCUAUAGACACCAAAAAGUUUAUUAUUGAUUGUAUCAGCCACCCCUCGAAUCAACGACUCCAGCUCACCCCGAGGCUUCUGGAACCCACAAAUGUAGUGAGGGUGGAAAACCUCCCUCCUGGGGUGGAUGGUUACCAGCUGCAGCUCUUCUUUGAAAACCCUUCCAAUGGUGGCGGAAGCGUUGCCCGGGUGGAGUGCUUCCCCGAAGAGAGUUCGGCGCUGGUUGAGUUCUGUGACAGCAAAGUGUUAGACACCAUUUUGGCCAAGAAACACAGCUACAACAAGAUGCCGCUGUCUGUCUUCCCUUAUUAUGUCUCUCUGGGCACAGCCUUGUACGGCGAGGAGAAGCCCCUGGUGAAGCUUCCGGCAUCUUUCCAAGAGUCUCUGGGUCUUCCUCUGUUGAAGUUCUUUCAAAAACACAAUCACCUGAUCGAGGAGAUAAAUGAGGAAAUGAGACGCUGUCACUGUGAGCUAGUGUGGUCUGAAACCAAUGGCAAACUGACCGUCAGACCAGCGGCCACCUUAGCCAGUCACAGACCAAGCAUUAAGACCUGGAAGAAUGAUGCAUCCACAGCGCUCGCUGGCAUCAGGUCUAGAUACGAAGUUAAGCUGUUUGAGGUGUGUUCGCCAGUGUGGGACAUCAUCAAGCACGAGUUAAGAGAUGACAGAGUUUUGAUUGAGUUUGAGAAGGAGAGUCUCACCGUAGCGGGAAAGUCAGAAGAUGUCCAAGACAUUAGCCAGCGAAUCAAGGAAUUGAUAGACAGCACCACCAAAAAGCUCAGAAGGGAAGAGCAGAGUCUGAAGGAGACCAUGACCAUCCCUCCGGGAAAGCAUUUCCUCUUGCAGCACAGCGGUUUCCUGUUGGAGCUAAAGCAAGGCUACCCGGAGAUGGAGAUCUCUUACGACACCACCACCCAGCACCUGUGUCUUAAGGGGCUCCCGGCAGACGUGUACAAAGUGAAGUGUGACAUCCAGGAAAAGGUGUACGUCAUGGCUCACAAAGACAUCUUGGUUUCUCCUGAAAUCUUCAUGUUUCUGCAGCAAGCAGACAGUGGGGAACUCUCCAAGACCCUUUUCGAGGCACAGACCAUCCUCGCCACGUACGAGCUGAAAGGCACAGCCGUUCUCUUAACCGGUUGUUCUUCCCAAGUCCUGGCAGAAGCUGAGAAGAAGAUGCUCGGUGCUUUAGGUCAUAAGUGCAUAGAGGUUGAGGACGAGGAAGUUCUUAGAGGCAUUGCGUGGAAAAAGAAAGUUCAAUCUCUGCAAAAGAGACACAGCUCCUCCGCAACCAUUGUGGUAAAGAAUGAAUUAACCUCAGGGGCCGUCGCUGAGGUCUCCGUUGCGGGCUGUGUGAAGCAAGUGAAUGAAAUCCACAGCCAGCUCUUCGAGUUCUUGGAAAACAACAUGAAAGUGGAAAGACUGGUUGAGCUAGAACCGUCCUUGAUAAUUGACUAUUUAAAGACGGACAGGAGGCUGCUGUCGAAGACAAAAAAGACAAACGUGCAGGUGAAUUUCAAACCUAAAGACAACCCAAACAGCAUUUUGCUAACCGGCUCCAAGAAGAAAGUUCUAGAGUGCGUGAACACAGUCAAGGAAAUCCGGGAUUCCGUCUGCGUCAAACAUUUCCAGACUGACAAAGCCGGUGCCAGGCACUUUUUCCAGGAUAAAGAAUCGUAUUACAGAACGGAGAUGAGGCGCCAGUACGGAUGCAUCGUUGAGCUCCAGAAGGGUGGCGAGAAGCGGGGAGGCGGCAGUAAGGAGCGGAAGUGCCUCUUACAGAGGGACAUAGCCCCCGGAGUCACGCUGGUCGUACAGCAGGGAGACCUGGCCCUGUUUCCUGCCGACGUGGUGGUGAACGCGGCCAAUGAGAACCUGCAGCACACCAGCGGUCUGGCGGGCUCCCUGGCGAAAGCGGCUGGCCCUGAGCUUCAAGCAGCAUGUAACGAGAUAGUGAAACACGGCGGCCUGAUAUUCCCUGGCAACGCGACCAUCUCGAAAGCAGGCAAGCUCCCUUGCCGUCAUGUCAUCCACGCGGUAGGGCCUCGGUGGGAAAGGGAUAAGGUCGUGGCGUGUGUGAGCCUGUUAAAGAAAGCUGUGCAUCAAAGUCUCACUUUAGCCGAAAAGUACAAGUGCCAAUCCAUAGCCAUACCAGCUAUCAGCGCUGGGAUCUUUGGCUUCCCCUUAGACCAGUGUGUGGCGACCAUUGUUUCAGCCAUCAAGGAAAACGUCCUACGCAAGCAAGACGGACACACCUUGAAAAAGAUUUAUCUGGUGGACCUGUCUGCAAAGGUUGCAGAGGCCUUUGUGGAAGCUGUGAAAACCAUGUAUAAAGACACUCUUUUCCACACAGCUCUCUCACCCAGUUCAAAGGCAUUAGGACCCCCUGAGAAAACGCCACAGAAUCAGGGCUGUCUGCUGGUGUCACCCGAAGGCCUGAGAAUCCGCCUGGUGGAAGGAGGUGUGCAGAAUGCCAAGACCCAUGCCAUUGUCAACUCCGUUCCCUCGGAUCUUACACUGGAUAAGGGACCCCUUUCCCAGGCCCUCCUGAAAAAGGCUGGGUUAGAGCUCCAGGAGGAAUUGAACAACGUAGGAUCACAGGUGUCUGUCGACGUGGGCACGGUUCUUCGAACCAGCGGCUGUAAUCUGGACUGCCACCACGUGUUUCACGUGGUGGCUCCGCCGUGGAAAAGCAGCAACACUGCGUGGUCACUAAAGCUCAUGAAAAAUAUCAUCUGUGAAUGUCUGAGGCUCACCCAGGUGCUGUCUCUACAGUCGGUCGCCUUCCCUGCAAUAGGAACGGGAAAUUUGGGCUUUCCUAAACCUGAGUUUGCCAAAUUAAUCAUUUCAGAAGUGCUCAAAUUCAGUAGCAAGAACCAACUGAAAAGUUUACAAGAAGUUCAGUUUCUGCUGCACCCGAAAGACCAGGAAAACAUCCAGGCAUUUUCAGAUGAAUUUGACAGAAGGACUAAUGGGAGCCCUAGUGACCAAAGUCCCAAGGCUGAAGCUACACAAGGUGUCUAUGGAAGUCUUUCUAGCCCUACUUUAGGAAUGCAUGAAAUGCAUAUUGGCCCGAUCCUCUUCCAAGUGGCCACUGGGGACAUCACCAAAGAAGUGGCAGACAUGAUCGUCAAUUCAACAUCACUCGCAUUCAAUCUCAAAGCAGGGGUCUCCAAGGCAAUUUUGGAAGGUGCAGGACAAAAUGUGGAGCAAGAAUGUUCUCUCUUGGCUCAGCAGGGCCCCAGUGAGUAUAUAGUCACUGCAGGAGGAUCGUUGAGAUGCAAGAAUAUUAUCCAUGUUGUUGGUGGGAAUGACGUCAAAAGAUCAGUUUCCUGUGUUUUGGAAGAAUGUGAACAACGAAAUUACUCCUCCAUUUGCCUACCAGCUAUUGGCACAGGAAGCGCUCAACAGGACCCAAAUGUAGUUGCUAAUGCCACAAUGGAUGCCAUUGAAGAAUUUGUCCAGAAAAAAUCAGUGCAAGCUGUGAGGAAAGUCAAAGUUGUUAUCUUUCAGCCCCAUAUUUUGGAUAUUUUUUAUGACAAAAUGAAAGAAAGAGAAGGCUCCCCCGGUUCUCCCCAGAAGUCAGUGCUGUCUAAGAUUGCCUCCUUUCUCGGCUUUCCAAAGCAAGCUUCCCCCAAACAGAACACCCUGGUUUUGGAGAAAAAAGUAGAGCUGACGGUUUUCCAGGUAUGUGGUGCAGACACAGCCAAUGUAGAAAGUGCAAUCUCCUGGCUACAGGAUCUGAUUACCAAAGAGCAGUUUUCCUUCACCAAUGCCGAUGAGUGUGUCAGAGACUUUGACAGUAAUGAGUACGAGAAACUGAAUGAGAUGCAGAAGAGACUGAACAUCAUCAUUGAAAUGGACCAGAAGAAACCUUGUAUCAGAGUCUCGGGAAUUAGCAGAGAUGUGGUAAAAGCUAGAGAUGAGAUUGAUGACAUGGUCAAGAGCAUUCGACUGGCUAAAGAAAAGGAAAACCAGGCAGACUAUGUUCUUACUUUCGUGGAGUGGAGAUACACCGAAAAUAACAUCACAGACUGUUUUGACAAAAUAGCCAACAAGGAGUUGGAGGACGCAUGGAAGGCAAAGCAGAAGAACGUUACUGUUAAAAUUCAUAAUCAGGAAUUCACGGUGAACUUGAGCACAAACACAGCCACGGGCCCUCAGGGGCAGAGCGUCACUGUUCAGCGCGUCAUAAAAACUGAAGCUGAAAUCCCUGAAAACUGGAGUGACAUGAAGCAGAAGACAUUGCUUGUGGUCAAGCUGCCAACCAGUGAUCCUGAAUACAUCAUGGUGGCGAGCCAGUUUAAUCAGACCUGCUCAAACUUUGUCAUAGAGAAGAUUGAAAGGAUUCAGAACCCAGCUCUCUGGAAGAGGUACCAGGCAAACAAAAAAAUUAUGGAUGAAAAGAACGGCCAUCAAAGAAAUGAGAUGCAACUCUUCCAUGGGACGGAGGCUAGCUCUGUGCCACACCUUAACAGCCACGGCUUUAACCGCAGCUAUGCUGGGAAGAAUGCUGUGUGCUACGGGAAAGGAACCUAUUUUGCUGUUAAUGCUUCCUACUCUGCCAACCACACCUACUCCAAACCGGAUGCCCAUGGGAAAAAGCAUAUGUAUUAUGUGCGGGUCCUCACUGGCAACUACACAAAUGGACACUCGACACUGAUUGUGCCUCCUUCAAGGGACCCUCAAAAUCCUACCGACUUGUACGACACUGUCACAGACAACGAUAAAAAUCCAAGUAUAUUUGUAGUGUUUUAUGACAACCAGGCAUACCCAGAGUACCUUAUCACGUUUAGGCAGUAACACUUUGGGGCACCCGCCCUCACAAAGAUAGCCAUGAUCAUGUGUCUGCUGUAAGGUAAAUUUUGGCUGACUUCGUUCUUAAGCUUUCUCUAAGAAAAGAGCACAAGGUCUUUCUUUGCCGUGGACCUGCUUCCUCAGCUGCUCCUCCAUAGUGGAAAUUAAUCUACUUGAGAGCCAAUCAACUUGAGAAUUGAGAUCAGGUAACAGCCAUAACUGUAUGUGCUCAAAUGUGAACCUCUGAUCUCUGGAAAAGAACAGGCUUUUAUGUUCGGGGAGGACAGCAAGACCUUUAUGGACUUUCAGGAAGCCACACAGUCUCAGUUGCCUCCAGUGGAGUCGUGUUGGAGUGUCACGGUGCCGGGGUGGACCCACAUCAUCACUGAGCCAAUCUUCCUUGCUGCCAACCGAACAGAUUCCAAGAUGGAGAACUUUCUUCACUGACAGCCCUGUGCCAUGUGGCCAGACAGCCCCAGCCGGGGCUAUGUACCAACUGGGAGCUGGGAUGCAGCUUGUGGUCUGCGUGAACUGUGCCCUGAGGGACAGACCUAUCUCAGAAGCCCUGGCCUCAGUGGCCGGGGGCCCCUUUUAAUGUUGACCCCAGUGGUCAGGCUACCUGGUGCAAUCAAUGAGGUGCCUGCUACAUCUCCGGUGGGAUUCCUCCUACCGUGUGAAAAUGAGUGAACUUGAAGGAGAUGGGCUGUGUUUCCGGUGGCAGCCCGGCUUGUGAUGACUUAAAAGCUUUUUGUAUAAGCCAGUUAGUCAGGCUGCUAGCUUGCUAACACUAUCUACUGGAUGGUAAUUAUUCUUGCGGUGCUGGAGAUUACCCAGGGCCUCACAACGGGUCAGGUGAGCCCUCAACCUGUGAGCUAUAUCCGAAGCCAUCUUACUUUGAGGCGGCGUCUAAGUUGCCCAGGCUGCCUUUGAUAUCAUUCUGUUAGGCUUUGAAUGCACUAUCUUCCUGCUUUGGCUACCUAUUGGGGGCCUGUGCCACCAGACUUGCCUUAUGUUAUUCUUCUAAUUUUCUCCUGUAAGUUUCAGACUCAGUGCCAUUUGUUGAGUGCCUGGGCCUUGCCAGGUAGAGUAAGAGGCGUGUGCACAUACAUGGUUUUGGUCCCACAAAUAGCUGAGCCCCUCAUUAUUCCCACCCCAGACCGUGGCCUUGAGAUUAGUGAGUGCCGUUUCAGGAGUUAUUGCAGAUGAUCUGUGAGGCAAACCCAGAUUCCCUUGCUUUUUUUCCUUUCUGGAACUGGUGACCACUCUACCCUUACUAGGCGUUCUCUAGGACGGGGCGCGAGUGCCGUGCAAGAUUCUCAGUUGGUAUACUCUUGGGUUUUGUGUGUGUGUGUGUGGGGGGGAUGAUUAAGGCACUGGUUCCCACUAUAGGAAGCAUUGGCAGGCUUCAAAUGGAGAGAAUGGUCACUGUUGCUGCUCCAUCGACACAGGCCUUGAAACUUCUGCUGCUGUUUCUAAGUGGACUGGCGGAGACUGCGGCUUGAAAGGGGUUUUCUCAGCACUGGCGGACCAGGAUUCGGCACUAACAAUGGCCUAAAGAGACGGGAUGAAAGCCUGAGGCCUGUUUUCAUUUGCUUUUUUUCUCCAGUGGUUUGGUUAACUCAGGGCAAGGAUGACACAUGCAAGAAUAAGAAUCCCAUCAGCCAAUGUCACAGUUACGUUCAGUCAAAGUAAAUAUGUCAUUUUUUUUUGUCAUUUUCUUCAUGUCCUAGUAAAAUGACUUGGAAAAUGUC